CUCCGUUGGCAGCCUUGAUUAACGCGCCCUCUCAUUUCGUCUUCGUGAGAGAAGCAAAAGAGCCCACAGAAAGAGUGUAUAGAGAAAAAAAAAAGACUAAGGUUAUUCAAAAAAAAAAAAUUGAAAAAAAAAAUCCCAAUCCAAGGUAGGUUUAGCGUUAUCCCUAAUCCGGAUAGCGAUUUUCAGUUUCGAUUAUUUGAACUGAUAAAUAAAAGAUGGGGGCUAAUCCGUCACCAACAGACUCAACGGCCGAUCUUGAUGAACAGAUCUCGCAGCUCAUGCAGUGUAAGCCACUUUCCGAGCAGCAGGUCAAAUCAUUAUGCAACAAGGCAAAGGAAAUAUUAAUGCAAGAAAGCAAUGUCCAGCCUGUGAAAAGCCCUGUGACAAUUUGUGGUGAUAUUCAUGGACAAUUUCAUGAUCUUGCUGAACUUUUUCGAAUUGGAGGGAAGUGUCCGGAUACAAACUACUUGUUUAUGGGAGAUUACGUUGAUCGUGGGUACUAUUCUGUUGAAACUGUUACGCUAUUGGUGGCUUUGAAAGUCCGUUAUCCGCAGCGGAUUACCAUUCUCAGGGGAAAUCAUGAAAGCCGCCAGAUCACUCAAGUUUAUGGGUUUUAUGAUGAAUGUCUGCGAAAGUACGGCAAUGCUAAUGUUUGGAAGACCUUUACGGACCUAUUUGACUAUUUUCCAUUAACUGCUUUGGUGGAGUCAGAAAUAUUUUGUCUGCAUGGUGGAUUGUCCCCUUCAAUUGAAACCCUGGAUAACAUAAGAAAUUUUGAUCGUGUUCAAGAAGUUCCUCACGAAGGGCCCAUGUGUGAUUUAUUGUGGUCUGAUCCAGAUGAUCGAUGUGGUUGGGGCAUUUCACCUCGUGGUGCUGGAUAUACAUUUGGCCAGGAUAUAUCUGAACAAUUCAAUCACACAAACAGCUUAAAAUUGAUUGCUAGAGCUCAUCAGCUGGUUAUGGAUGGGUUUAACUGGGCACAUGAACAAAAGGUGGUAACUAUAUUUAGUGCGCCGAAUUAUUGUUAUCGCUGCGGGAACAUGGCUUCGAUUUUGGAAGUCGAUGAUUGCAAGAAUCACACAUUCAUCCAGUUUGAGCCAGCUCCAAGGAGAGGAGAACCCGAUGUUACUCGCAGAACGCCCGAUUACUUCCUAUGAGGAAACUCUGUGAGAACUGGUUCCAAGAUACCUCACUUUUCCUCCACUCCUCCCUCCUGUUACAUAGUCAGGUAGCGGUUGAUCUUAUGCCGAAGUAUCUUGCAUCUAAUACCUGCCAGUUUUUUUUUUUUUUUUUUUUUUUACAUUCCAUGUUUUGUUUUGUUUUAAUAUUUCAACGAUGAUGAGCACCAAAAACAUGUUACACUUGAAUGUUAUGUCGAAAAGAUUGCACAGCUGAUAAAAGACACACCAUCCGAUUGUAGAUUUUUGUGUUUGUUUUCGAUUUUCUGUAUUCCCUGCCUCUUGUUUCGAUUCA